UUAUCAGUUGAUGAGAGAUGACCACGGAAUGGAAUGAACAGAACAGAAAAGUGCAGCAGAAAGUACAAAAACAAAAGUAAAAAUAUCAGUUGCCAGGGUAACCGAUAAACAUAACAUGUCCCCAAGGCAUGAGAAAAGUGCGUUUCCAAUUUUUUCACCUUGUUUGUCCUGAUCGGUGGUGCGGAACGGAAGUUGUUCUAUCGUGUGCCGCAGUUUGCUGCUCCGACUUGAAUCCCAUUUUGCUAAUGAAAUAAUAGCAGUGAAUUUCGCCUUACAGAGUGCUUCGUUUUGCCAUACUGGAGGCAAUGAUUCGCGGCCACCGUUGAAGUGUAGUGUGCUUAUGUGCAAGAUGGAUAUCAAUCUCGUCUGCGAAACUAUGUCGUGUUCCGUGGGAUGGCCUCAAUCCAACCGAGCGUAAUAGUUACCUUUGUCUUAAGUCGCAUAGUGGAAUGGAGAAAAGCGAUUAUUCAAUGUGAGAACGAAUUGCUCGUGGUAAAAUGUAGGUUUAGUAAUUUACCGCUGAUCAAAUGGAUAUAGCUUCAUCAAGAUCGAGACGCAUGGAAUGGAGGAUAUCAGUGCGUUUCAAAACAAUUGGAACCGGCGACUGGUAGCAAGCUACUACCAUAAGACGACACAGGCGUUGAAUAUUAAUGAACUUCACCAGUAGUUUGUGCCUUAGCGCGAGUGAUAUUGCAUAUUGAACUUUUGGUUGGGCCAAAUGAAAGAGGACCACGAAGGCGGAAGGACAUCGGAUGACGUCGUCUGCCAUAGUAUUCAAAAUGUGAUUAUCCCUUAGCAUGGAAACAAGUUGCCGCCGGGGACCACGUGCAAGAAGAAGGGUGAGGAGGGUAUGUGGAAAAACUUUUCCUUAUGCGAUGCAAAAUUGCGAAGAAAAAAACUACCUUGCGAGUGACAUGGGACAAGGAAAUGUGUUUGUUUGUUUAGUGCCCCAUUGCGGCACGGAAAAUGCAGUGUUGGACGGAAGAGUCCUUAGCGAGUGAAUUCAAGUAGGCACGACAACUGCUACUGCUGCUGCAGCGAAACCGCAACCACAAUCAUGAAUCGAUACCUGACGUUGAGCCAACUGGGGGACGGCACCUACGGUACUGUCGUCCUUGGUCAACGCAAAGACACCGGCGAGAAGGUCGCCAUCAAGCGGAUGAAACGGAAGUACUACUCCUGGGAGGAAGCCAUGAAUCUUCGGGAGGUUAAGUCGCUAAAGAAACUCUCCCAUGCCAACGUGGUCAAGCUGAAGGAGGUCAUCCGCGAGAACGACGUCCUCUACUUUGUGUUCGAGUACAUGCAGGAGAAUCUCUACCAGCUAAUCAAAGAUCGCGAGAAUCACUUCCCCGAGGCAACGAUAAGACUGAUCCUACAGCAAAUCCUGACCGGUUUGGCGUUUAUGCACCGCCAUGGAUUUUUCCACCGGGAUCUCAAACCGGAAAAUGUACUCUGCUGCGGGCCGGAGCUGGUCAAGAUAGCCGACUUUGGGCUGGCGCGAGAAAUCCGAUCCCGGCCGCCAUACACCGAUUACGUUUCGACGAGAUGGUAUCGUGCCCCGGAAGUGCUACUGCACUCAACACGCUAUGGCAGUGCGAUCGACCUCUGGGCGGUGGGAUGUAUCAUGGCGGAGCUGUACACAUUUCGGCCCCUUUUUCCCGGCUCAAGCGAGGUGGAUCAACUGUUCAAAAUAUGUUCCGUUCUGGGCACUCCUGAUAAGAAUGAUUGGCCGGAUGGGCACAAACUGGCGGCAACGAUUCAGUUCCGCUUUCCCGAGUGUCCCAAAAUACCGUUGGAGUCCCUGGUGACCCGGGCUGGCUCCGCUGGCAUACAGCUGCUCGAAGAUUUUCUCCUAUGGGAACCGGAGAAGCGACCUACGGCCCAACAAUCUCUCAAGUAUCCCUACUUUGCAUCGGUAAAGCAGCGAACUUCCGCCACUAUUGCGAACAAUGGAAACGUGCAACUCCCGCAGAUACAGCAAAAUGGCAAUGGCAUACCUAGUGCAAGGAUAUCAAUUGUGGACGCGGCGCAAGUGGAAAAUGGGGGAAUUACAAGCCGCUUCAGCGUAAAUCCUAAUACGGUGAAUAACGGAAACAUCAAUGGAAGUAUCUAUAAGUCCAUUAGUAAUAGUGAUCUGAACGAUAUCAAUUCUAUGUUGAGUCUUUCGCGACUUUCACAGAAUCCUUCGGUUACGGAAAAACGUUCAUCGCUAGAUAAUGGGAAACUUAACGACAGUGCAAAAAGUAAUGGGAAGUUUCAAAGUGGAAUCAAUUAUAGUGUGCUCAACGAAAUGCUAAACAACUAUAAUCUGGGAAUGAAUGGUAGCCUCGGUCAUGGCAAUCAACAUCAAGGUCGACUGAAUAGGAAUAACAGUAUCACAAAAUCGAUUACCGAUCGAAGCGAUAGUGGAGUGAACGACAACGGCAGCUCGGUUACGAGCUAUUCAAUCAUUAAACCUGCUAUUGUUAAAAUAGAAGAAAAACCUACGGAAGUUUACGUUGGAGGCCGUAAAGGCGAAAAAGUGAACGAUAUUUACGUGACGCGAAACUCUGGCAAUGGAGGUCGGGGUGGUGCAAUCCGUGCUGCAGUGGAUAGUGAUGACUCAAGUUACUUCAAUAGUGGGUUUUACCUUCACAAACAGAAUAGCAACUCGAAAAGCGAUUUGUUCAAUGAAAGUUUUCUGAACGAUUCGAAGGUGUACAAUGCAUUUUCAAAACAGCCUGUUCUAUUGGCUAGGAAAACAGACGAUGACAUCAAGCUGAGUAAAACGAAGAAUCCUUCCCUGAACCGAGGGCUGCAGAGUCAUUUCAGCAGGAGUUGGGAGCCAGUGAAAGGAAACAGUUUCGACGAUGAUCUGGAAGAUAUUCUAGGGAGUCGAAUAAAAUCGACGAAAAAAUCGAACGCAGAGUUCAAACUGGAAGAUCUGUUUGGGACGGUUUCGUUUGGCAAAGAUACGAAAAGCUCGAAAUACCCGAACACGGUUCCAUUUGCCAAGGGCACGAUGAAGAACGGUGAUGCUCUGACGGAUAUUUUCGACAAUUCGGACACAAAGCCGUCGCAUUCCAGUGCGAACAUAGUUCCUAGGCGGAAAAAUCAACAGGUGUUCGUUUCGAAUGGAAGUUUUGCUGCGGCUAACGACUUCAAUGGCGUCAAUGCUUCGUUCAAACUGUUCCCCUGGGAAGAUACGCCCCGCAAUGUACCGGAGAAGAAACAAUGGGCUCCAGAUAGUGGAGUCCUAACCUACGUCGGGCCCAGUGGAGAUGGCAAAGGGCGACCAGAUUGGGCAGCCAAAUAUCUUAGCAAAUAGGAGAGUGCGUAUUGUUAGCGAAGGUUUUGUUUUGGUUGGAGAAAUGUAGCGUUAAAUGUUCAUAACAGAUGUCAACUGUAAUGUUAAAGUAGUGAGAGAAAAUAGAAGAAAAUCAAAAAAUACAAAUCUGUGAUAGAUCAGUGCAUCGCUUAGAAUGGUCGUAUUGUUGCAUGUUGACCCAACGCACUUGAGAGUCUUGUAUUCUCACUACGCAUGCCUGAUUAAGUUUCGAUGUAAAAAUAUGUAAAAAUGCUAAGAAUAAACCAAUAUGAUGCGAUCUAAACGUUUAAA